AUGAAUAUCUUCCCUAAAUUUUCUCUCUUUUUGGGCUUUUUUAUCCUCCUUUUUCACUUCAUUUUGCCUCAACUGGUUCUAUCCAGACCAGUUAAGCAACCUUUCAAGUCCCUCCAGCCUUUGGAAGGAUGUCAUAAGGGGCAGAUGGUGAAAGGGCUUUAUGAGCUCAAACAGUAUCUCAAGAAAUUUGGUUACCUGAGUUAUCCUCAAUUAAACAACAGCCUCACCCAUGCCAAUGACGACGAGCUCGAUGACCAAUUGGAGGCCGCGGUAAAGACCUAUCAGCUCAAUUACAAUCUGAAGGUCACAGGGACCUUAGAUUCACAAACAGUGAAGCAACUGAUGGUGCCAAGAUGUGGUGUUCCAGACAUCAUCAAUGGAACGAGUUCAAUGCGAUCAGGGAAGAAGAGACACCAUGAUGGCUCAAAUACUCUCCACACAGUCUCCCAUUUUUCUUUCUUUUCAAAUAUGGAAAAAUGGCCAGAUUCCAAGCGCAAUCUCACAUACCGAUUCCAUUCCAGUGCUCAAAUAAGUGUAGUUCAGGACUUGCAGUCUGUCUGCUCAAAAGCUUUCGCAAGAUGGGCACAAGUAAGCCAUUUUACAUUCAAAGAAGUAGCAGAAGGUACCACUGCUGACAUAGAAAUUGGAUUCCAUCGCGGAGACCAUGGAGAUGGCUAUGCAUUUGAUGGACAAGGGUCGACUCUAGCUCAUGCCUUUGCACCAACUGAUGGAAGGUUCCAUUAUGAUGCUGAUGAGAAUUGGAGUACUAAUCCAGGACAAAAUAUGAUGGACUUAGAAUCAGUUGCUGUGCAUGAAAUUGGACACCUUCUAGGCCUUGGGCACUCCUCAGUUCAAGAAGCUAUCAUGUACUCUAGCAUAUCAUCUGAGGUUACAAAAAGAGAUCUCCAUAGCGACGAUGCUAUGGGAAUUCAGUACUUAUACGGUUCCUCUAAAUAA